AGGUCGGCCAGAUGGGGGAGGGAAUAUAUUGAAUGCGCAAGGGAGAAAUGUCGGAGUGCGGUGGUUUUCGUCGCUCAACACGUCCAUAUCAGUCCAACUGGUACCACGAUAACCAGUCGCCGAACAGUUGCGGCGCGACUUUCAAAGCGCUCGCAAGCUCUACCUUACAUGUGCAUCCCUCCACGAGCGCGACACAUGUUUUUUUUUUAAUUCCUGGGGUUGUUUGCGGGGAGUACGGAAGUGAGGAGAGACUUUUAAUUGAUUGCCGGAGGGGAUGAUGAAGGUGGUUCCUGACGUGUGGACAAUGUCAUUGUCAUUAUGAUGUACAAUUAAUUAUUAGAUAGGCAAAUGAAAAAUGCCAAAUCUGAGGAGGCAGUUUCAAGGCUUUUUGGUUAGUUCCCUCUGGAAGUAGAGCUGAAGAGGCACAGGACCAUGCGCUAGGACAACUUGAGAGGAUUAGCGACUCGAGUUUCUGGGAAGGAAGUUAUAUUCUUCGAUAGCAUCACGCAACAGCUCUUAAGAUUUUCUACAAAAAGUUUUUACCGAGUGGACGAGCAACUUCCCUAAAGUGGCCUGUAACUCGAGAAAUAAGAGCCAGGAAAAAUGAGGAAGUGCUGAAAGUCCAGUAAUUCCAGUAACAGAAUAUCCUGCGAAGCAAAGAGGAGCGAAGGAUUGAUGAUGGUGGAUUUUGGGAGUUCUAACAAUAAUUCAGAGGUGCAUUGCAGGCUGCAGUAUCAGAAUUUUGUGAUCCCCAAUGAAGAGAUCUGGUGCAAUUGGGUAUGGGAUUCAAUUCUCUGCUGGGCACCUACCAACGCAUCGACUACGAGUCGCCAGAAAUGCCCUCCCGCUAAUGGCGUCGACACGACUAAAUUUGCGGAGAGACGAUGCAGUGAGGACGGACGAUGGGAGGGGCGUAAUGGCACCCCCAGUGAACGAGAUCACCCCAAUGGUUGGACCAAUUAUACGCCAUGUUUCACCCCAGAAACCCGGUUACUCAUGCGAAAACUUAACGUUGGAAAUGAAGAAGCUGCCAAGGUGAAAUUAGAUAUCGCUGAGAAGACGCGAUCGCUUGAAUUCGUUGGAUUAAGUGUAUCGUUGACAGCGCUACUUAUUUCGUUAGUGAUAUUCUGCCGAUUUCGGUCACUCAGAAACACCCGAACUCGUAUUCAUAAAAAUCUAUUCGUAGCGAUGGUUAUUCAAGUUGUAAUACGCCUAACCCUCUACAUCGAUCAGGCAUUCGUAAAGACUGAUGUGGUUGGUUCUCAACAGGGUAUAAAUAAUACGCCUGUUCUGUGUGAAGCGAGCUAUGUGCUCCUUGAAUACGCCAGGACUGCAAUGUUCAUGUGGAUGUUCAUAGAAGGAUUUUUUCUCCAUAACAUGGUAACCGAAUGGUUUGCCUCUCGAUUUUCUCCUCCAACUACUGCACACAAUGGACAUCUCUCGGGAUAUCUUCCAGUGACUGUAUUCCACGAAACUUCUUACUACCGAAUGUAUCGAUUAGUCGGAUGGGGAUUUCCAGCUGUGAUGACUUUUGCAUGGGCUAUUGUGACUGCAUUCUAUUAUCAUCCGUUGAAAUGCUGGUGGGGGUACAAUCUCUCUGUGUACUUUUGGAUUUUGGAGGGACCGAGAAUGGCAGUCGUAUUGCUCAAUUUCUUAUUCCUGAUGAAUAUUGUACGAGUGCUGGUUGUAAAAUUGCGACAGAGCCACAGCAGUGAAACCGAACAAGUCCGAAAAGCGGUGAAAGCUGCAGUGGUAUUGCUUCCACUCCUGGGUAUCACUAAUUUGAUAUCAAUGGCGGGUGUUCCACUCGAAGAGACGAUGUGGUUUGCCCUCUGGUCGUACACCACUCAUUUUUUAACAUCAUUUCAAGGGGUUUUCAUCGCCACACUGUACUGCUUUCUCAACGGCGAGGUGAGACUCGCUCUGAACAAAACAAUGUCCCGGUACGUGUCGUUGAGAGCGGCUGAACGACACUCGCGCCGACAGUCGACAUUCAGUACCUGUCAGCCACAGCGAAUAGCAUCAGUGGUUGAAAUGGAACCCAGGGAAUUGCGACCCAGUGGAUGGUUACGCCUGUGCUGUCGCGGUAGGAACACUCCACCCCCUGAUCAACCCGCUGAAACAACAGUUUGACCUUGGUGGUUCUGGCGGAAUAACAUCGCCAAGGAGAGACCAGCCUAUUGACCAAUUACCUCAAAAAAAAAAACUGAACAACAAUAACUGAACAAAAGAAUCAUAAUUCACGAGAUAUGUCUCACGUCGAAUACACAUGUACCACAGAGGAUCCAGAACAGAACUGAUAGAAUAUUCGGAGCAUCAAACACACCAUCGUACAGACAAGAAUAGAAUCAUUACUCAUUCCUGGAUCGAGAGGAUCGUCGUGAAGAUGAGAAACUAAAUUUCUUCGAGACUUUUGCAAUGGCCUUUCAUGAGUAUCGUGAUUAUGUUGGGGAGUAGACUCCAUCGAUAGGAAUUUUUCAAAUGCUUCAGUGCAAUCACCUGAUGGGAGGGAGUACUUCAGAGUGGGGUACAGCCAUCAAAAAACAAUUUCCAAGUAUUGAAUGACAUAAUGGACCAAUCCAGUUGAACGAUUAAACUGUACAAUUGAACAUGAGAAUGAAGCGGUUGAAAGUCCUCAAGCGGUACUUCCCCCAUCAUAAAAAAUCCAAGAAUUCCACGAGAAAGGAAACCAUGUCGGCUUUUGUCAGUGUGAUUCAUUUGUAACAAGAAGAGGGAAUUUGAUCGUAGAGUAAUGCCGCAUAGACUCAUACCUGCUGACGAGGUAAUGAGGCACCACAGGGUGAAGUGAAGUAUAACACACAAUACUCGAGAAUAAAGCACCCCGAGGGAUACAUAUUCCCUCAUGUUUUCAAAACGACUAGCUGGAGCUUUCAUUGUGAUUUUUUUUUUCCACAACAUGAUGGAAAUUUAUACGCCUAUUUAUUGUAAUUGUAUAAUACGAGUUGGAUUUUCCGUGUGAUGAGUGUGAAAAUAUUCAUGAAGUGAAUGAGGGAAUAAUGGUACGCUGGGGGAAGAAAUUCAUGUGAUUAAAUGCCUAGAUAUUGCAUAUUAAUAUUGAGUGUAUUUUUUCAGGUGCUAAAUUAAUAUUACGAUUGUCGUUCGAUACUAUAUUAGAUUAUAAGAAUACGCAUCGAUAAUUCUGUGGACGAAAUCUAUUAAAAAUUCUAUAGAUUUUCUGGAGUUGGAAUUUUCUUUUUGAAUUAUUAUUGGGACGAUUUUAAAUUGGAUGAGUUGUGAAGUUAAUUGAAAAUAUGUCGUUAUAAAAAUUUUAUCCAAAAACGCAUUGCAAAAUAUAUUGAUUGUCUUGUGGUAAAAACAAUUCUCCAGUGGUUGUUGUUAUUCGGAAAAUAUAAUUUAAAAAAUUAAACAUGUAUUUCCGAAAGUAUGAGAAAAAUAAUUUUCUCCCAAAAAAUGAUUUUUGGGAAUUGGAUUGCAAAAAUACGUCGGUUGCAAUGUUUUUAACCGGAUGCAUAAGGGAAAUAAAAUUGUUUAAAAUGAAAAUCUAUUUAUUUGUUCGAAGUUAUGAGAAAAAUUUAUAAUUCUUAGAGAAAGCGAGAGAGCUUUCCUACGGAAUUGUCUGAUACGUAAAUGGUUUUCAGUGUCGUCGAGUGUGGGAUAAACACCGACCUUUUCCCAAUAGAAUCCACGAAUCACCUGGACUUUUCAUAAUCCUCAAGUUUCUCAAUUUUAUAGACGUCAAUGAUUUCCUCGAAAUGUAAAUAAAGUAUGCAAACAUUUA